GCAAGGUCCUCUUUUCAGGGAAGUAAAUGUGCAACUGUUUGUGAAGCUUUAACCAACUGGAUGUACCUAUCUACUUGAUAAACCAAUCUGACAGUCUCCGGCGUUUACCCGCAUUAAUCCGCAGUCAGAGUCAACAUCCAUUCCUGUCAGUUGCCGCCUGUUUGCCGACCAGGGGAGAAGAGACGAGUCAUUCAUUACAGCUCCAGUGGCGUCUGUGGCCUCCGUCAACUACCAACCAGAGCAAACAUGCAGGAAGAGUCUAAACAAAGAAGAAUGACCAUGGAUUUUUCACAACUGCACACAUAUACGCCGCCACAGUGUGCUCCAGAGAACACCGGCUAUACCUACUCUCUCAGCUCCAGCUACUCCACAGCGGCGUUAGAGUUUGAGAAGGAGCACCAGAUUGCUCCUGUGUACGAAUCGCCCAGGAUGUCACGGCGGAGCCUGCGUCUGCAGACCAGUGCCGGUCACUAUGGCAACGAGAGCCUGGCUGAUUACUCCCAGAACCACAGCAACAGCAGCGGCUACACCAGCACCAGGCGAGAGACACGGACACUGCGGAGCAGAAAGCAGCCAUCCAGCUCACUGUCUUUAUCCCUGAGCCAAGUCGCCACUCCAAGGAAAACCCUCUCCUUCUCAGCUGUUAAUACUCCGAUUAACAAUAGCAGCAGCGUUCAGGAAAGCAACACAGUGUCUGAUGGCUCCCUGCACAGCUCCAUCCUGGACCAGACCCAACUGAGACAACGCACCAUCACUACAACCACCACCACCACUUCCAUGUCUGUGGAUGGACACUGGGGGAGGAGCUCCACCGCUGACCACAGUUCAUCAAAUGUCAACGGUGACGCCAGUGUGUCAAAGUCCCACACCUCGCUCGCCAAUGGUUACAUCUGCAAAGACUGCUCUUUACACUCUCAGGAGAUGGACUCAUUUAUUACACGGUCUUCAUCAUCAACAUCAUCAUCAUCUCAGGCUGCAGAAGCGUCCACUGGUGCCCUCUCCUCAUCAUCUUCACCUUUCACAAGUAUAUACUCCAGAGACAGGAGUCAGAGGAACAAGACAGGUGUCCUGGUGUCUAUGUCUAACACGUGUAUACGCUACAGCAAACGAGCCCUGGCCCCCAUAGUGUCCUUAGUCACCCUGGUCUUCAACAAUGUGCUCUGGCUGGGUUCAAGGGCCAAGAGCCCUCCAGGAAAAGGUGUUGUUGCUUCGAUGUCGGACUCGAUGAGACAAGCGGUGUCCUCCAGUUUGUCCCAACUGUGGCUGUUAAAGCAGACCACUCUCCACAGGAUGAUGGGCCACAGGGCUAAUGGCUAUGAAGGAGAAGCUCAUUCAAGUUUCUGUGGGAGCAUGAAUGUGAAGGAUCUGGUGACUGAAGAUACAUCACAUCUUAAUCUCAAUGGUUCCCUGUGUGAUGACUGUAAAGGGAAGCAGUAUUCUGAGACACACACCAUCCUCCUCACACAGUCCUCCAGGCCUCAACGCCUAGCGGGGGCACUGUGGAGCGUCCUAGCUUAUGCAGGUUACUGCCUCCUCCAGCCAGGUUACUGUGUGGUGAGAGCAGGCAAAGCUUUGGGAUCAGGGGCUGGGACAAUGGCAAAGAAGCUGCUUUCACUGUUCUGGAUGCUCCUUGCAGCUCCAGUGAAGGCAGGCAGGGGACUUCUGUGGUUUCUUGCAACAGGAUGGUACCAGCUGGUGUCUCUCAUGUGUCUCCUCAACGUCUUCUUUCUGACACGAUGCCUUCCCAAACUCUGGAAGCUCCUGCUGCUCCUGUUGCCUCUUCUGUUCCUCCUUGCUCUAUGGUUGUGGGGUCCGUCCACUGCUGCCCUGCUUGCCUACCUCCCAGCCAUAAACCUAACUGAGUGGCGUCCUGCGUCUCCCUUUGCCCUCCUGUCUGACUUGGUGCCAGCUUCGGCUCCAGUUCCUGCCUCUGUCCCCACACCAGAGACUCCACUGGAGCCGACCCCAGCCACCCCAGUCUCACAGGCACCACCGAUCCUUCCACCAGUGGCAGUCUCCACUGUGGACUUGGAGCGUCUUGAACGCGUGGAACGCCAGCUAGCCCUCCUUUGGGAGCGAGUCCAACAGGGUGAUGAAAAGCAGGAGCAGCGUCAUGGGGACGUUCUUGGUCUCUACAGCACCCUGAGGGAGCAGCUACACACUCAGACCGACAGGGAGAGCCUGGGAUUGUGGGUGUCCUCCCUGCUGGAACAGAGGCUGGGUGUGCUGCGUGGAGAGCUGGAACAGGAGAACACACACAGGGCACAGAGCGCAGAGAAGCAGAAACAUCAGCAAGAGAGUCAGGCAGCACGGCUGGCUGAUUUAGAAUUGCUGCUGAACACUCUGGCAGUCAAGACUGAGGAGAUGCAGCAGAAGCAGCAGCACUAUGAGCACGAGAAGGCGGAAAAAGAGAAAGAGGUUGUCAUUUCAGCAGCAGACUCAGCUCCUGUCAGUAUUGGUGUAAAGCAGGAGGACCAUGAUGCUCUGCUAGCAGAGGUGAAGAGACUUGAGCUGGAGCUGAGUAAAGUCAGACAGGACCUGCAGGGUGUUGUGGGAUGCAAGGGCAAGUGUGAGCAGCUGGAUACGCUGCAGGAAGCGAUAACAGCACAGGUGUCCUCACAGGUAUCCUCACAGGUGCGUAAGGAGUUGCAGGUUCUGUUCUUUGGCAGUGGUGGGUCAGGAGAGGAGCAGGGAGAGGUGCCUGAGUCUCUGAUCUACUGGCUGUCCCAGCGCUACGUCAGCGCACCUGACCUGCAGGCGUCCCUGGCCUCACUGGAGCUGAGCAUCCUGAGAAACGUGUCCCUGCAGCUGGAGCUCAACCGAGCCCAGACCCUGGGUGAGGCCGAGUCUCAAGCCAAGACCAUCAUUAACACAGUAACUGGGACUGUCCAGCAUACUGCCUCUGCUGAGGGACUGACAGAAGAGCAAGUGAAGCUGAUCAUCCAGAACGCUUUGAGGCUCUACUCCCAGGAUCGAACAGGCCUGGUGGACUACGCCCUGGAGUCUGGUGGUGGCAGCAUCCUUAGUACCCGGUGCUCUGAGACGUAUGAGACAAAGACAGCCCUCAUGAGUCUGUUUGGUCUGCCACUCUGGUACUUCUCCCAGUCUCCACGUGUUGUCAUCCAGCCCGACGUGUACCCGGGUAACUGCUGGGCGUUUAAAGGCUCUCAGGGCUAUCUGGUGAUCCGACUGUCCCUGAGGAUCUUGCCUACAUCCUUCUGCGUGGAGCACAUCCCCAAGGCCUUGUCCCCAACUGGAAAUAUCACCAGUGCCCCUCGCAACUUCACUGUUUUUGGUCUAGAUGAUGAGUACCAAGAAGAAGGGAAGCUGCUGGGACAGUACAUAUACCAGGAAGAUGGGGAAUCACUGCAAACUUUCCCUGUUACGGAAGAGAAUGACAAGGCCUUUCAGAUCAUUGAGGUGCGGGUGCUGUCUAACUGGGGUCACCCAGAGUACACCUGCCUGUACCGCUUCAGAGUACAUGGAGAACCUCGGCCCCUGUGACACAACCACUACCAUGCCGCUCAUAUAUGACAUAUCACCCUAUCUGUACAUAGCUCUUGCCAACUUCUUAAAAAUGGAGGGGACUUGGUUCUACUUUGUGGACGUUUUUGUAUGUGGAUGUUUUUGUAUGAAAGCCAUGAAGAGACGGAAGUUUUGGAUUGUUAAAGGAAUGUGCCCAGACUGAAUCACGAACAUGUUUUGUAAUCUUGAAAGAAUCACGGGAAAGUCUGUAUGCGGACUGUCGAUGUCACAGAAGAAGAACAGAACCACGGAAGAAGCUAAAAGUACCAGUCCCCUUUUUGUAAAAGGCCUCUUGCACUGAAUUAGCCCGUGAGGGCGCCAGGUUCCACUGAGCGGACAUAUCCAUCCCCCUCUUGGCACGUUCCACUUCUACAGGAAGGUGGAUGCUUGAAAUGGGGGAUUAAAGACUCAUCUACACCAUUUCCUCACACACUAUCUCAGUCUGAUUUGGUUUUUGUUAUUAAUCAUCUGUAUUUAUCUUUAUUUUCCUGGUAGAGACUACAGUACUAUUUUCAGGAUUGAAGCCACAGCACCUUUUUCUGUGACGCUGUCCAGGCAUGUUACUCCCUUUGUUGCUGUCAGGUGUCUGCAGUGACCUUAACUGAGCUUUGUGACGGCCUGCUGGACUGGAGGACACUCACAGGAGGUUUAUACUGGACAUAUACGGUUCACAACAUUCAAGGCUUGGCAUCAUGCAUCCACAUAGCCAUAACUAAGGUUUUUUUUUUUUUUGGAACUGAACAUGCUGCCUAUGGACAAGCUCUGAAUGUUUUCUCAAUUGGAGGCUUGAUGCAAGUCAUCCUUCAACUACACCGCCACACUAUAUAACCACUGACCCACUGACCUGCACUCUGUGUUGAGAAUAUUAGGAGGCUCUUCUCUAUGUACAUUAGACAAAAUAUGUGUAUGGUUAGGGAUGGACUCCAGGAUUAACACUAGCAUGUGACUCUUCCAGAACCAUUACUGUUUAACUUUUACAUGCAUCAUGGAUUUACAUGGAGCUUUGAGUCCUGUGCCUGGAUCUCAAAUUAUAAAUCAAUGUUGAAAACUAAAUAUAACUUCUCCUGUAGACAAGAGUGUGAUUUUUCUUUUCCGUUUCUAUCAAGAGGAGACUCUCUGUGUCCUUCUAGCUCAGUUAUAAACGUCCUCAUGUGGGCUCCCUCUAUUCUGAAACCCUGAAGGAAUGUAAUCUGUAUAUUUUAUUGUUGAUAGCUGGUCCUUUAUAAUAUCUGCUUUUAUCAGUGUUGCUUUAUAAAAAAAAAUCAUUCUGUCAUUAUCAUCAUUAUUGUUGUAUUACUACUUUUAUUUCUACUGUUACUCAUUUGCUUUUUUUGUUUUGUUUUGGGGGGGGUUAUAAUGUCAGCGGAUGCACUGCAACAACUUGUUAGAGAAAUGUUUGGCACAGGUCUUCACAAUUUGUUUAAACAUUGGGGUGUUCGUAGUCACCUAUUUUAGUUGCAAAUAUGGGAAAGUCUAACAUGUUAUGUAUAAAAAAAUGUUCUUCACAAUCUUAUUUAUUAACAAGUCGGUUAGUUCCUACAAGAUAUGAGUUACUGCAAUGUAUAUUUUGUGAAAAGCUGUUCAGUGCAUUUUGGAACCAUCUUGGGACUUUUUUUUAAGAUAAAUGGCUAUUUUUGUUCAGUCAUAAGAUGACUUAACUGCUUUGGAAUAUAUUCCAAUAAAGACUUUAAUUUU